AUGUCUUUAGACAAACUUCGUCAGGAAGUGCUUUCCAAUGAAACUGGUGAAGAAAGAGUCGAAGUCAAUCAGAGGCACUUGAUUGAUAAAAUAUUAGCAAGAUACUCUGCUGAAUUUGUAGUUUUUAGAGAGUUAUUACAAAACUCAGAUGAUGCUAAAGCCACAAAUGUUGAAAUAAUAUUUAUGACCGAAAAGUAUACACCAAACAGUGAUAAUAAUAUCUGUUUAUCAGAAAAAUGUGUCAGAAUAAUAUUUAAAAAUAACGGCUUUGUAUUUCGGUCUGAAGAUUGGAAUAGAUUGAAGAAAAUCGCCGAAGGGAAUCCUGAUGAACAAAAGAUCGGCGCCUUCGGUGUUGGGUUUUAUUCAUUGUUUUCAGUCUGUGAUGCUCCUUUUGUAUCGUCAGGUACUCAAGGUAUGGCUUUUUAUUGGCGUGGUGAUCAACUGUUCGCCAAACGAAGUAAUAUCAAACAAGAUGAUACAACUUGGACAACUUUUUUGAUGGACACACGAGAAAAAGAAAAGUUACCUGAGAUAGAAUCAUUUGGUCGCUUUUUAGCAACUUCAUUGGGUUUUACUGGAAAUCUUCGUGAGGUUACAGUUUACUUCAAUGAAAUACGAGUAAUUCAAUUAACAAAAAAAACGAGUGUAUCACGAUCAAUGUCAAUUGAUUCUGGAAUAAAUACAACUUCGCCAGACAAUAUGUUCAAAUUGAAAACGGUAGACAUUUUUACAGUACAAUUAGACGUUAACAGAUUAGUCACCCCAACAAAAUUAUUAAAGUCAAGAACUCCAAUAACUUCAUUUUCAUCAGAACAAACGACCAUUUUCUUAAGAAUUGCCAGUGGUAACUUGGAUUUAUAUAUUCCUGAAGCAUUUAGUCUAGAAAUGGAACGAUCUACCAAAAAAAGACCACCAAAGAAUACCAAAAUACAAAUGAUUUUUACUGGUUUUGACGAACAUAAUUCCUCUGGUGAUUACGAUAAAAAAAUUUCAGAAGUAUUCAAGGAUUUAUUACCAUUUCCUGGACAAGGUAGAAUAUUUAUAGGAUUCCCAACUCAUCAAACAACAGGUUGUUCUGCACAUUUGGCUGCCAGAGUAAUUCCUACAGUUGAACGUGAAUCUGUAGAUUUGGUAGACAAAACUUUGGCAGUCUAUAAUAAAGGAAUGUUAUGUUUGGCUGGAGUAUUGGCUCGUAUAAUAUACGAUGAUGAGCUGUCGCAAGUUUCAAAACUAUAUAGAGAGAUUAUUGGUUCUGGUACAUCAAAACCAGAUGACGAGCCAAUAAAAUCAGCUUUUGAAUAUUUUCAAAGUCGUGCUGCACACGCUUUAGCUCAUUUUUCAUUCAAGCUAAGCACACCUAACAAUAUGAUUUCAAGAAUCAGCGAAUCACAAUUUUUUAACUGUACGCAAGCUUCACUAUCAAUAUUAUCUAGCCGUGGUGUUUUACCAAUUAAAUCUGUACGGAUACCAAAUCCAGAAAUGACACCUUUUAUAAAGACAAUUCCUACUGUUGCACCAUUAUUGUUAAGUCAAUGUGAUGAAUUUUUUAAAAAGGCAAAAGAUACACUAAGAUUUAUUUCUGAAAUCUCGUUAGAUGAUCUCUUUGUGGAAUUGGAAAGUCGAAUAUUAAACGAACAGGAGAUAAUAAGUUUAUUUAAAUGGUGGAUAAAUUAUCGUUCUAAAAACUUAGUCACAGAAGAUCAAAUUCAAAAUUUUAUGAGAAUUGUUAUAGUACGAGUUAAAGAUGUUGACUUACCCCUUAAUUGCAUUUCCUACUUUAUAAAUCCAUCUAUAAUUCCACCUGACGUAGACCUUCCAUCAAGUGUCUUACCAUAUUCGAUAAGUAAACAUCUCAAUAAAAAAGAUUUCGAAAUCUAUUUUAGAGGUUGGAUAGAGCUUACAUUGGUUGCUUGGGUUCAAUUUAUAUCUUCAAAACCUUUAUUAGAACAAGACCCUGCUUUUUCAGAAAAGUUCUUUGGGAUAGUUUCGCGUCAUUUUAAAAGCAUCUCUAAAACGGAUCAAGAAACCAUCAAACAAUUGCUAUUUCAAAAAAAUUGCAUACCGACUACAUUUGGCAUGAAAGUACCCGACGAGUCCUAUUUUCCAAGUGUCAAUUUAUUCCCUGAUUUGCCUAUUAUAAAAUUUCAACAUAAAAUAAAUGAUGAUAUUCUUUUAUUCUUGGGAGUUAGAAAGCAUGUUGAAUUGCAACUUAUAUUUGAUCGAUUAAUUUGUCAAGGAAGUUGGGAUCAUAUGCAAUUAAUUAAAUAUCUUGCCAUAAAUAAUCUUAAAGAUAUUGAGAUAAAAAGAUUAGCGGUCACACCUAUUUGGCCAAAGGAAUCUAAUACAAAUAAAGAAAAAAGUGAUAAUGAUAAUAAUGACGAUAACACAAAAGUUAAAAUUCAAAGAUUUACAGCAAAAGACUUAUAUGCACCAUUACCACAAUUACGUGAAUUUGGCUUACCAAUAAUUGAAUGGAAUGGUAAAUGGCGUAAAAAUAUGAAAGAAGCUUGGUUUACGGGAUUUUCCACCAAUCGAUGUAAUACUUCAACUGGCGUCAUCAACUACACCACUUCCGAACUGGUAAAAUUUGCAUUUCUCCCAUGUUCUGCCGACCCAAAUGUUUACGCAACACCUUCCGAAUGUUAUUCAAAUCCCGAAUGUGCCAUUAUGAAAUUCAAUGUUUUACAUAGAGAAUUGCGGCACAAGUCUGAAGAAUUUGGUAUAAAACAAAAUCCUGAUCGUUUACAAGUAUUAGAGAAAUUAAGGAAAGAACCACCAGAAAACGAGGAAAAAGCAAAAUUAGUUUUUAGCUAUUUGUCUUCAUUUCAAAAUCACUUUAUACACCCGGAUUGGCUUAGUUUAAGUCAAUUAGCUUUUAUUCCAAUUCGUGAAAAGAAGCAAUCGAACGUAUUAAAAUAUGGUUCACCACAAAACUGUUUUUUUAAAGGUUCGGAAGAAAGUUUUGCAGGCUUUUUUUAUUAUAUCGAUUUUGGUGAGAAGGCAAAUAAAUUUUUACAAAGUUGUGGUGUUAAAAAUGAACCUUCUCCAAUCGAGUUGGCCGAAUUUUUAAUAAACUCUUCACAUGACUUUUUGAAAAGUGUCGGUGAUAAUAUUGAAAAGUAUUUGGCCGUACUACAUAGAAUUGCUAUAGAAUUUCAUUCAAUCCAAGGAAAUCAGAAAUUAUUAAAUAAUAUGAAAAGAUAUCCGAUUUUGCUAGGUAUGACUAAAAGACAAUCCGAGGAAGGAAAAAAUAAAGACAAGGCGGUUGUUGGCAAAAAUGAAGCCGAUAAUUCAUUAAAUCAAAUCGAAAGAUAUGUAUUAGCAACUCCAAAUGAGAUUUAUAUAAAUGAUAAUGCAAUAUACCAAGAUAUUUUUGAACCACUAAUUUUUUUUUCUGAAAAGAGCUUGGGAUGUCCGUUAUUAACCAAUAGUGUCAAGUCUUCGCCUAAUAUUAAAGGAGUACCAAAGGUUACUCAAAAAUCUAAAGAAUUACAAAAUUUGAUUAAAGAACGUUCACCGCUGUUUUUCCAUGAGGUUCGUAAAGCCGAUAUUGUUAAUAAUGAAAGUUGGGUAAAAAAAUUGAACGUGUUGGGGGUUGAUCAGAUUGAGACAACCUAUAUUCUGGCUCCAAAUAAUAUAACAAAAAUUGAACAUUCAAAUACUUGUGUUAUUUCACACGACAGUUGGAAAAACGACUGGACACUAUAUGUUAAACACGGUGAAUUAGAUACGCUUGAUAUUGCAUCAAUGAUUUCACAAUACAUUUAUAAAAAACCACAAUUAAAAGAAGCCACCCUUAUAAGCAUGUUAUUAAUGAUGCCACUCAAUGCCCUCAAACGUAAAGGAUUCCCUGUAGAACGUAUAAUGAGUCAACAAAAAAGUUUUAGACGUGUUGUUGAAAAUUUGGAUAAUCCUAAAAGACCUCGAAUUGAUGAACAAAUGACACCCAAUAAUUAUAAUACAAACCAGGGUCAACUAAAUAUUGCUGAACUAGAAAACUAUUCUAAGCAGCUACAGAGCACGUUUCCUGAAUGUGACCCUAAUUAUAUAAAAUCAUGUCUUGCACAAGAAAAUUCAGACCACUUGAUGAAAGUUGCAAACAAAUUAGCCGAACAAGACUAUCCAAAAAAACAAUCGGGUAUUAGAAAUGAUCAAGAAGGUUCGUCGCCUUGGAACAUUUUUAAAAAUUUGACGGAAUAUGUUUCACCUGGUGUGUCUAAAUCACAUGCUGAUAAGCCUCCCGUACUGGUAUCGCGAAAUACUACCGAGGAUUUGAAAAGGACAUUGAAUGAGGCCGUAAAUUCAUGUCGCUCAAAUUCAGGCUCGGCGGUUGACAGUCAAGCUAAAGUGAAUAUUGUUUCAGAAAGUCAAUCGAGUUAUUGUGAUGUUAUGCCAGGUCACUCAUUAAAAUUUAUCGGAACGGAGAACGGGAUAGAAUUAUAUAUUGGCAAAAACUUGGAUCAGACGGCACUUUUAUCUCCAACUGCACUAAGCCCUUUAAGACGUUUUAUUCAAGUUCUCAAGUAUCUCUGUGAUGUUUUUGGACUACAUCAAAAAGCAAUCCAUUGUGUAGCAAGAACCAUUACCGUUAUGUAA